GCUUGCCUCAAACCCUCGACUGAAGGACUCCAACCAACCCGGAACUUUUUAAGUCAACUAAUCAUUCCUGAAAACUUAUUGAAGGAGGUUCCUCUUGUUUUUCCGCGCAGCUCAGAUGUUGUUUUAAGAAAAGUCACUCCUGCGGACUGAGUCGGUUCUUCUGAGGGGAGAGACAGUUCUCAUGGUUCUCGGUCCGACUGAACGGGUUCCUGUGGGACAGCAGCUCAACUUGUCUUUCUAACCAGCUGGAGAGAGGUAGUGAGGACGAGCCAACAUGCCUCAACAGAAGGACAUCGUGAAGAUCGCCAUCCAGAUGCCUGGGGCCUACCCCCAGCUCAUACAGCUGGACCAGAAAAAGCCUCUGUCUGCUGUCAUCAAAGAAGUCUGUGAUGGCUGGAAUCUCUCGGGUCCUGAUAACUACGCUCUGCAGUACGCAGACGGAGUGCAGACGUACAUCACUGAAUCGAAUCGUCUGGACAUCAAGAACGGUUGCAUUCUGCGUCUGACCAAGGCACCGGGCCGCUGUGCAGAAGACUUGUACAAGGGCAUCCAGAGCUCGGACUCAGGCGUGCGCUGCGAUUCGCUGAAGGAACUGGCGAGCGUUUCCACAGACGUGACCUUCGCUCAGGAGUUCAUCAGCCGGGACGGACACCUCUUAUUGGUCAAGAUAGUAGAAGACUCUAACGAGAGUAAUGUGAUCAUGACCCACACGCUGACAGGCUUCAUGGAACUGAUGGAUCAUGGGAUAGUUUCAUGGGAGAACCUCUCCACUGUCUUCAUCAAGAAGAUUGCCAGUUUUGUCAACGCCAAGCCGACAGAUGCAUCAAUACAGCAGGUGUCCCUGGACAUCCUGGAGAGCAUGGUACUCAGCAGCCACAGUCUCUUCCUGCAGGUCAAACAGGAAAUCACUAUGGAAAGGCUCAUUGCACACCUUCAGGUGACGAACCAGCAGAUCCAGACCAAAGCCAUGGCUCUGCUCAUGGCGCUACUACAGACAGCUGGGGACUCAGACAGACAGGAUAUGUUUGCGUUCCUGAAUAAGAAGAAUCUCCGUCAGUACAUUUACAAAAAUAUCAUCCACAGUUCUGGUUCGGUCCAGGACGAGAUGGCCCACUACCUCUAUGUGCUCCAGUCUGUUACCUUGAACCACAUGGAGCCUCGCAUGAGGACGCCUCUGGACAGUUACAACCAGGAGCAGAGAGACAUCCUUCACGGUUUGCGGCAGGCGGCUUUUGAGACGGAGAGCGAGAACAGUCUGAGCCACGAGAGACGGCGCUCGCUCUGCGCCAAAGAGUUCAAGAAGUUAGGCUUCUCUAACAACAGUAACCCUGGUCAGGACUUGGUGCGAACGCCUCCCGGUCUUCUGGCUCUGGACACCAUGUUUUAUUUUGCUGCACGUUACCCUGACGCCUACAGCAGGUUUGUCCUGGAGAACAGCAGCAGGGAAGACAAACACGAGUGUCCCUUCGCCAGGAGCAGCAUCCAGCUCACUCUCAUCCUGUGUGAGAUCCUUCGUAUCGGAGAGCCCCCCUCAGAGACUGGAUCUGACUACCACCCCAUCUUCUUCAGUCAGGACCGGCUGAUGGAGGAGCUUUUCUGUGUCUGCAUCCAGCUGCUCAACAAGACCUGGAAGGAGAUGAGAGCCACACAGGAGGACUUUGACAAGGUGAUGCAGGUGGUGAGGGAGCAGAUCACCAGGACUCUGUCCAGUAAGCCGACCUCCCUGGAGCUCUUCAAGAACAAAGUCAACGCCCUCAACUACAGCGAGAUCCUCAAACUGCGGCAGACGGAACGGCUGCACCAGGAGGAGACUCUGGCUCCGCCCGUCCUGGAGCUCAAAGAGCGUCUGAAGCCAGAGCUGCUGGAGCUGAUCCGCCAGCAGAGACUCAACCGGCUGUGCCAGGGAACCAUGUUCAGGAAGAUCAGCAGCCGCCGCAGACAGGAUAAACUGUGGUACUGCCGCUUGUCGCCUAAUCACAAAAUGCUGCACUACGGGGACGUGGAGGAGGACACGGACAAUCCAGCCAUUGAAACACUGCAGGAGAAGAUUCCAGUAGCAGACAUCAAAGGCUUGCUGACAGGAAAAGACUGUCCUCACAUGAAGGAGAACAAAGGCAAACAGAACAAGGAGGUGCUGGACCUGGCAUUCAGCAUCACAUAUGAUGUAGAAGAGUACAGCCUGAACUUCAUCGCCCCCUCCAGAACUGAUUUCUGCCUGUGGACAGAUGGCCUCAGUGUUCUGCUGGGCCGGGAGAUGAGCAGUGAGUCCAUGCGCAGCGAGCUGGAGAUCCUGCUCUCCAUGGAGAUUAAGCUCCGCCUCCUGGACCUGGAGAACGUUCCCAUCCCUGACAGCGCUCCGGUCGUUCCCAAACCACCCAGCAACUACAACUUCUGCUACGACUUCAGCCAGACGGAGCAGUAGAGUGUUUGCAUUCGCUGUAGUGCGACUAAGACGUGUGAAUGUGUAAAUAUAUAUGUGUGUGUAUGUCUGAAAUGAGAGGCGUGUGUGUGUGUGUGUGUGUGAUGAGAUCUGACCUGUGCAUCCAUGCACUUAUUCUAAUAACACAGAUUUAUAACAUUAGAUCGUUCCUUUGUGGCCUGGUUCUACAUCCAAGAGAGACAGUGAACAGGGAGAACCUGUGAUGGUAUAUAUAUAUAUAUAUAUAUAUAUAUAUAUAUAUAUAUAUAUAUAUAUAUAUAAUAGUGGCUUUUGACUGUACGGAUGCUGCAGAUUAUCAGGAAGAAAAUGAUCUUCAGUUCGUCACGAUUUCUCUUCACUGCGCUGCAAACUGCAACAUAGCUUAUACGAUACAGCCACUCAAGUAAUGGUAUUUUAAUUUUACUUUGUAAUCAUUUUAUAUUUCUAAAUAUAUCUAAAACGAUGUAUGAUACAUGGAAUCUUCCUGUGUGUGAGGUUGGUUUGACUGGUUGAGGCAGUAGAUGCAUUGAUCUGUCUCUCUGCAGGUUUUGCUCAUUUGUUAAAGGGAUAGUUUUAUUAAUUGUAUUCUUUUGAAGUGGAGUAGUAUGAGUAUGAAGUAUCCAUAGUCAGUUAUUUUCUAUAGUGGAGUGUGGUAAGCAUGCUCCCAGUAGCCUCGAAAAAUGCAGGAGUACCAAUUCUGAAGUGAAGCCAUGUACUGGUGUGAACAGGCCCAGUACUAAAACAAACUGUAGCCACCUAAAAAAAUCAGUAUCUGCUUAUGUGUACGAUAUAUUAAGAAUAUUUUCAACUCUUUACCUUGCUGUUAGACAGCCCCGGGGGACUGAAGACAUAGAUCCUUUGAUGCUCCCCACCAGACUCCUUUUACAAAAAACAGUAAGACAGAAGUUGCUGCUCCCUUCAUUGGUCAGUUUGUUUGUGUUAUUGUGUGACUUUGGUGUUUUAAAGGGUUGAACGAAGGGUUAAACUAACCGAUCAAGGCAGCAAGACUAGCAACAACUGUUCUGCAAAGUAAAAUGACUGUUUUUGUCAAAGUAGAGCAUAAAUGGAUGGAACGGCUUCAGUUCCCUGUCUGAACCUGGUGACCAGCUGCUCCUUCAGACUGUGUCCAUGCAGACCUCAUUACUGUAGAUCAGAACCUCAUACAACCCACUUCAAUCAAUACAAACUAUCCCUUUAAUUUAUUGAUUUUGUUUAUUUUCUGUUGCUUUUUAAAAAAAAAUGGGCAUUAACUAGAAUACAGUGCUUUCUCAAAAUGUGGUACAUGUUUCAACAUAUGAAAGACAAAUACAGUGUUUGUUUCUUUUUUAAUUAUUUGAAUAGACCUGAUACAGGUACUGGCCUUGGUACGGAUCCCAGUGGUUUAAUAUGAUCCCAGUGGUUUAAUAUGAUCCCAGACUGGUUUAAUAUGAUCCCAGUGGUUUAAUAUGAUCCAGUGGUUUAAUAUGAUCCCAGACUGGUUUAAUAUGAUCCCACUGGUUUAAUAUGAUCCCAGUGGUUUAAUAUGAUCCCAGUGGUUUAAUAUGAUCCCACUGGUUUAAUAUGAUCCCAGUGGUUUCAUAUGAUCCCACUGGUUUAAUAUGAUCACUGUAGCACAAAGAUGCUCUGUACCUUUUAUUAUUUUUAUUGGUUUUAUAGUGAUGCAGAUCUGCAUUAGGUACCAAGAUGACUUUUUCCUUUUUUUAUCAAAAGGCAACUGUACCAUCGCCACAAUCAGCAGUUUGAUAAUGAGAACAAAUUGUAAAAGUUUUAUAUCCAACUAGCAAUCAUCCCUGUUUACCUGUAUGUGUUUGCAAUGAGUGAUCAUCUUUAGCUUUAUCUCAACUGUCUGGGAUCAGAUCCUGAAUUCAUUUUAAAACUGACUGAUUUUAUUCAAGGUACUUAUCUUCAUAUGAUGGAGGAGCUAACCUCCGACUCACUAAGCACUCAGUGAAGCAGAGACUCAACACCUGACAGGUGUAUCACGGAGUGCGUUUCUUUUUUUGACACAGGGUUAUUUUAUUUUAUUAUAGCA